CCACAAUGCGCUAUCCUGUGUUUCCGGUUGGAGCAUUCCUCGCCGCUUUUCUCGUCCUUAUACCUCUACCUGCACACUGGCGCUCUCACAACGUCGCCACAGUCUCUAUCAUUGCCUGGCUCUUUGCAAUGGAUGUUAUAUAUGGUGUAAAUACCAUCGUCUGGGAUGGAAACGUUCGCAAGCACCUCCUUGUCUGGUGUGACAUCACUACGAAGCUCACGAUCGGGGCGUCCGUUGCCCUCCCUGCUGCUACGAUGUGUGUCUGUCGUAAUCUGGAGCUUGUCGCGUCCGGUCGUAUUGCACGUUUAACACGGGAAGACAAGCGAAAGAAGAUGUUCUUCGACCUGGCCAUGUGCUACGGUCUCCCGCUCAUAAUCAUGGCUCUUCACUACGUCGUCCAGGGGCAUCGAUUCGACAUCUUGGAGUAUGUGGGCUGCUUGCCUGCGACGUAUUAUUCCAUUCCCGGAGUGUUCAUCAUUUGGUUCCCUCCUCUCCUCCUGUCCGUGUUGACGGCGAUUUAUGCUACGCUCGCUCUCCAUCACUUCUUCCGACAACGCCUCACGUUCACCAUGCAGCUCAAGAACUCCAACUCCGCGCUCAGUACCGGGCGCUACUUGCGUCUCAUCGCGAUGUCGGUAGUUCAGAUUGUCUGGCAGACGAUCCUCACUGCGAUUUCCAUGUACGACAAUAUUUCUCCUGGCCUUCGUCCUUGGACCAACUGGGCGGAUGUACAUUCGGACUUCGGGCGUAUUGAUGCCAUCCCGAUGGUCGUAUACCCGGUUUCGUACCAACGGCAGUUCUUCCUCUUCCUCUGGGUUAUGCCCGUCUCGUCCUUCGUUUUCUUUUUCUUCUUCGGCUUCGGCGAGGAGGCGCUCAAAGACUACAAGAACGUCGUUAGAUGGAUCCGCGUCAAGAUCUUCAGGCAGAAGCUGCCUGACCCUUCAACGCCACUUGAUAGUGGUUUCGCUCGGUCUCCAAAGUCUCCCUUGUCGCCCAUUAAGCUCAGCUCGACCUUUGAUCUCAGCGAUGACUACACGCUCCCCGCGUAUAGUCCAGCCACCGACCCCUCCUUCACGCCCUUCAGCAAGGACAAGAUCGGGCAGAAAAUCACAUCCCAGUCCGAGCUCGCCUCGCCCGCCUCAGAAACGUUCACCAGCCGAUCCCAAUACGCCCCGAGCUGCUUCUCGACGGAUUCUUCACCAUUCAUACACAUAUCCGACGAGUACCCUCCUCCAUCACCGCCUGCACCUGUAGUCUCGUUGCCGGUACCAACAUACCACAGACCGUUCAGCUCCCCGACGUUUUACCCAGUUCCCUCCUCGCUUGCUCGGGAAUCUGACCUUCGGGUCACCGUAGAGACUCGGGUUGAGGUAGAGCAUAUCGUCUAAAGUAUCUCUCUGUUUCGUUCUUCGGAUUUCCUUGCCGCACACAUCUCGCAUCUACCCUAUGUAUCACUAUCAUCAC